AUGGGUUUCUCGAGGGCAAAACGUGUCACCGAUCCACUCGCCGACGAGGUUAGGGCACGUCUCGUUGGGUGCAGCUUUAGUAGCGGCAGCGAACAUACCGGCGACGGAUUCGAAGACUACGACGAAGAUAAUUCCCCUUGUCUUUCUGAUCUGGUCCAAGGUUUCAUGGAAGAUGAAGAAGUUGAUCAGACAGCUAAUAAUGAGCCACGCUGGUGUGACCAUGACUCGGAAUCAGACUCGGACUCUGACUCCGAACAAGUCGAGCUCCCUGAUUUCGCCGACGAUAUCGCGAAAACUCUCAGGAACUCUCUCCGGGAAGACUCGUACGGACGAAUGGUGUUGAUCCACGUGGCGAGAGCGAUGGAAGUGUUGUCGUCUCUCCGAUCUGAUCACGAACAUCGUGCCGUUUUAAGGCGUAAGGUUAUGUCUAUUCUUAGAGAGCUGGGUCACAAUGCGGCCAUUUGUAAAACCAAAUGGAAAACCUCCGGCGGCCUCACCGCCGGUAACCACGAGUUCAUCGACGUCGUGCAUACUCCCUCCGCCUCCGUUUCGUCGCAGACCGUCCGUUACAUCGUCGAUUUAGAUUUUGCGUCUCAUUUCCAGAUCGCGAGACCGACGGCACAGUACGCACGUGUGCUUCAAUCUCUCCCGGCGGUUUUCGUCGGACGAGGGGACGAUCUGAAGAAGAUCCUUCGACUCGUGUGCGACGCGGCGAGGAUGUCGCUUAAGAGCCGCGGCCUCACGCUUCCGCCGUGGCGGAAGAAUCGUUAUAUGCAGACGCGGUGGCUUGGUCCGUACAAACGCACCGCGAACUUAACGCCGUCGACUCCCGCCGUUAACACCGUCAUGUGUCGCGCCAUCGGUUUCGAUAAUGCCGUCGGUGGCCCUCUAUUUGUUCGGACUCGAUAA